UACUAUUAAUAUUUAUUUAUUUAAAACAAAAUAGAAAGGAAAGAGAAACAUAAAGAUCUAUUUUCAUAUUAAUUUUUAAAGAUUACUUUUAGAAAAAAGCAGAACUUUUCAUUUUUAAUAACAUUAUAAAAUAUUUUUCUUUGUUUUCGGUUUGCUAUAUAAAUGAAAAGAGUUAUUAUUAUUUAUGCAAAAGAUUAUAUGAUUUGAUGGUGUGGUUGUUUACAUUAUGAUAUUACUUCCCUUCUCUUUACGAUUAAUAUUAUGACAAUUGUUAUGGAGACGAUUUUAUGUGUGUGUGUGUGUGUGUGUGUGUGUGUGUGUAUAAAUAAGCUUUAAUUUAUUCUCUUCCUUUUAAUUAAUUAAUGAAAAAAUGUGCUAUAAUGACAAAUUUCGAUUUGAAAUUAGAACUAAAGGAAAAAAGCGGGAAAAAAUCGUCACCUAUUCAUGAUUCGGUGACUGGUGAUAUAACACCAGUGCCAUCUGUUGGUAACGAAGAUCAAGAUAUUAGGGAAAACAAUAUUUCAACCCCUAGUUCGAUUUCUCUAGAAAUUAAAGAGGAAAAUGACUUACGUUUGCCCUUAAUACAGAAGGACACGAAUCUAGUAACCUCAGGCAAUCAAUCUACUUCUUCAUCUGACAAUCCUGAUUCCAAUAGCAUACUUAAUGAAAAGUCUGAAUCAAAUGAUUCAAACCUUGAUCAUAAACUGGAAAAUAUAAACGAUACUGAUAAGACUAUCAAUUCUGAAAAAGAAAACGAAGAGAAUCAAGAUAAAAAGAGUCGGAGAGGUAGUAAUAGAAAAUUUGAAAAGAGAGUUAACCAAAGACCUAGACCUCGACCUAAACCGAUUUUUGGUAACAAAUUGAAUAAUAUGGAAUCCGAAGAAGGGGAUGAUGAAAUUGUGGAUCAUCUCCCGCCUAUACAAACUGAACAGAAUGUAGAAAAAUCAAUAAAGGAAAAACAGCCCAAGUUAUCAAUAAUAAAACGUAGUUAUGGUCAAAUUCCUAAAGAUGAAAAGGAAAAGGAAGAAGAGCCAAUAGUCGAUCACAAUAAAAGCGAAGAUACUCAUAACAAAGUUCGUCCAUUAUCUAAGAAGGAGCGAAAAGAAGGACAAGUUAAAAGGCCUAAAUCUAAAAAGAGGGAAGAAUUGCCUAAAGUUCCUCAACCUGUAAAAGCUAAACCUAAAACACGUGAACCUAGUCCUGUUGAAAGGGAACCUUCUCUGUCUCCAGAGCCAGAUGCACCCGCUUUCGAAAGAGAUUGGACCCUGCCUCCUCCUAUAAAAAGCGAACCGCCACCCUUGCCUAAGGCAUCCCCAAUCAUACCACCGGCAUUAGAAGACUAUGAGGAAUUAGAUCCCCCCAAAAGGGAGAUCUCGAAGACUAAAGACGAUCACCCACCACCUCUAUUGGAACCCACUUCCUUAAGAGCCGUAGGUGACGGAACGAAGAAAAAGAAAAGGAGGGAGAGGAAGAAAUUGAAGCCUCCUGCUUUUAAUGUUGCACCAAUCGCUAAACCUGAUAUAAAGGGCGUUGUUGAUCCCUUAGAUUACCUCUCUAAAUAUUGCAUUAUAACUCCCGAUAGAUUACCUGUUUAUGCUCGUGUUUUUGAAGAGACUAUUGGCAUGCAAUUAUAUCCUUAUUCUAAUGUACCACCUAAUCCUGAACACGUUAGAAACUAUGAUAACUCUGUCUUCGCCGAUGAGCAAAUGCCUCAAGCUAAGUGGACUAGGAAGCCUGUUUUAUCUGAAAAGGAGAAAAAUAAGAUAGACAAUUAUAUACUAAUAGAUCAACCUUCGCACAAUACAAGUCAAGUUAAAUCUGCAAGUGAUCAAAUGGUUGAUAAGAUCAACUUUACCAACGAUUCUCUUUUAGAGAAGUAUGAAAAGUUACAAGGAGAACUUGAAAAACUGCAAAGACAAAAGAUUAAAACUAUCCUGCAAAUAGCAAAACGAGAUUAUCAGCAAAUAACUAUGAAGGACUAUAAACCGGUGAAAGAUAAGAAAAAGAAGAAAAAGAAUAAGAAUUCGUCUCCAAUACCUACUUUACCCAAAAAUAUCUUCGAUCCAUCCCCAAACGAAACAGCUCUAGAAAAGAGUGAACGUCUUAAUUGGCUUAAUUUACACGCGGAUGAUGACGAAAUAUACUCAAGAAUUAAUCAAAAUAUGUAUUCUACGAUUUGCGAAGAUGAGGAAAUGAAAAGGAUUGAUUUAUUAUUAAGGCGAACUACAGAUAAGUUAAAACAGGUCGAUGAUAGAAUUGAAGAUUUAGAAGAUGAGAAGAAGAUGUUGUUGUUAAAUAGUCGGGAUAUCUAUGAUAUAAACAUGACCAAAGAAACGAAACCAGACGAAUUUAGGCGAAGACAGAGUGUUUUGUAUCAAAAUGUCCAUCCCGCUGUCGACUACGAAAUGAACUUUUCGGAGUUAGAGGAGGCAUUGCAAGACAUUAAUAACCAUCUAAUUACAGAGAAUGAAUUGAAAUACAUUUAUUACAUAUUGGAUGUUCCUGGUAAGAGGCGAAUAAACAUGCAAUUAUUCAGUGUAAUAGCUGCCUUAAGCGAAAAAGUAGCCCAAGUUGAUUCACUUGUUCGAAAUUUAAUCAAUAAAUUUAAUUAUGAGGCACUUGAUAUAAAAAUGGAAAAGGCUAAAGAAUUGUUCUAUUUAUUGGACGGGGAAAAUAAUUAUGACGUUCCGGAAGGUAAGGCUGGAGCCAACAAUUUAUUGGUGGAAUUAACUGCUGGUGGAUUAACUUCCGAGCAUGUUGAAUUAGUCGUUCGUAAAUUCAAUAGGGACCAAACUGGUAUUAUUGAUUUUCUAGACUUUUUAACAUAUAUUCCAUUAUUCUUAGAAAUUCAUUCAAGGAUCGUUGAUGAUCCAUUAAAUCAAGAAAGAGAUUUAUAA